AUGUCUUUCAGUGGUCCAAGCCAUUCUGCUGCUCACGCCAACGCGCAAGGAGGAAAUAAGCCUUCCAAUAAUUUAUACUGUUAUGGUUGUAAGAAGAAUAAACCUCUUCAUUCUUUUUCACAAACACAAAUUGACAAGUCAUUUACUCGUGGUAAAAAGAAACAUCACAUCAUAUGUAAACAAUGUACUCCACAGCAGAAUCAUAGUUUAACAUGUAUGCUUUGUACACGCACCAUGUCCUUGGAUAACUUUUCAAAGGCUCAAAGAAAAAAUGCCGAAAAAGCGAGAUGUCUUAAAUGUAUGAAAAAACGUGAAACAGAGGACAUUGACGACAGCGAACCCGAUGACGAUGACUCUGAUGGACCACACCAUGAUACAUGGGAUGAUAUCUU